CUUUCCCGACGGCUCGGGAGGGAGUGUGGGUCGGCGGCGUGGAGACAGAAGCUAGGGAGGCUACUCCCCUGUUAUGCUGAACAUGGACUGCCUGCUAAGAAUGUUGGGUUUCCUCAUUUCACUGGUGGCCGCUUUGGAGCUACUGAUGCGGAGACUCACUAGAGCCGUUACACAGGAUAAUACCUCGACGCCGCGGUAGUGGGAUUGUACGGUCUGUUCUCUAGUGCUCACCAUGGUGAAGGCAAACAGCUUUGAUGGCAGCAGCACCAGCUGUAGCAGUGCAGAUAACUCCAAGGAUAGCUCCCGAUGUUCCACUCCAGUCCUUGACGUAGAGCGGCAUGAACGGCUGCGGGAUAAAAUGCAUCGACGCAUUGAAGCUGGAGACAAGUGGUUCUCACUGGAGUUCUUCCCACCACGAACAGCCAGUGGUGCUGUCAACCUCAUCUCCAGAUUUGAUCGUAUGGGUUCUGGGGGGCCCCUCUUCGUCGAUGUGACUUGGCACCCUGCUGGCGACCCUGGCUCAGAGAAAGAAACCUCUUCAAUGACCAUUGCAAGUACAGCCGUAAAUUUCUGUGGACUGGAGACCAUUCUGCACAUGACUUGUUGUACCCAAACCAAGGAGGAGAUAACAAGACAUCUUCAUAAAGCAAAACACAAUGGGCUGAAAAAUAUAAUGGCCCUUCGAGGGGAUCCCAUUGGUGAGGAGUGGGAGGAAGAAGCAGAAGGAUUUAAUUACGCCAUCGAUUUAGUGAAACACAUCCGCCAUGAAUUUGACGACUACUUUGAUAUCUGUGUUGCUGGUUAUCCUAAAGGGCACCCCGAGGCUGAGAGCUAUGAGGCCGAUCUCAAACACUUGAAAGAGAAAGUGGAUGCUGGAGCUGACUUCAUCAUCACUCAGCUCUUCUUCAGGUCUGAGAACUUCCUACAGUUCUUGAAGGAUUGUAGAGCCAUCGGUAUCACAUGUCCCAUCCUGCCAGGAAUAUUUCCAAUCCAGGGUUAUGGUUCCUUACGACAGCUGGUUAAGCUUUCCAAACUUGAAGUACCGCAAGAAAUCACGGAUGUCAUUGAGCCAAUCAAAGACAACGAUGCAGCAAUUAGGAAUUAUGGUAUUGACCUUGUUGUGUCCAUGUGUCGGGAGCUGCUGGACAGCGGUCUGGUGCAUGGGUUACAUUUCUAUACUCUCAACCGGGAAGUAGCCACCAUAGAUGUGCUCAGGCGGCUCGGCUUGUGGCAGGAGGAUCCGAGACGACCUAUGCCUUGGGCGGUAAGCGCUCACCCCAAAAGGAGAGAAGAAGACGUCCGUCCAAUCUUCUGGGCCUCUCGACCCAAGAGUUACAUUCACAGAACACAAGAGUGGGACGACUUCCCCAAUGGACGUUGGGGAAACUCUUCCUCUCCAGCCUUCGGUGAGCUAACGGAUUAUUAUCUCUUCUUCUUGAAGAGUAAAUCACCCCGGGAUCAGUUACUGAAGAUGUGGGGAGAGGAGCUGAGCAGCGAGGAGAGUGUGUUUGAAGUCUUUACCUGUUACAUAAUGGGAAAUCCUAACCCUAAUGGCCACAAAGUUACUUGCCUUCCUUGGAACGAUGACCCCCUUGCUCAAGAAACCGGUUUGCUAAAAGACCAACUGGAGAGAGUUAAUAAAAGGGGGGUUCUGACCAUUAACUCCCAGCCUAAUGUGAAUGGGAAACCCUCAACAGACCCCAUAGUGGGAUGGGGGCCAAGCCGAGGCUACGUCUUUCAGAAGGCGUACCUGGAGUUUUUCACCUCCAGUGAGAUGGUGACGGCUCUCAUCAAAGUGCUGAAAAGAUACGAACCUCGUGUCAACUACCAUAUAGUGAAUGUACAGGGGGAAAACAUCACAAACUCCACGGACAUGCAGCCAAACGCCGUGACCUGGGGCAUUUUUCCCGGCCGUGAGAUCAUACAGCCAACAGUGGUGGAUCCAGUCAGCUUUAUGUACUGGAAGGAUGAAGCUUUUGCCCUAUGGAUUGAGCAGUGGGCCAAACUGUAUGAAGAGGAGUCUCCAUCACGCAUGAUCAUCCAGUACAUUCAUGAUAACUACUUCUUGGUGAAUUUGGUGGACAAUGACUUCCCACUGGAGAACUGCUUGUGGCAGGUGAUUGAGGACACGUUCCAAGAACUUGAUAAUCCCAAUGAGCAGUGACUGUAAGGCCAUCGACACCGCACUUGCUACCUCUUUAAGUAUGGAACAGUAUGGGUCCUCCCCCACGUCCUUCUGGAUCAUGGUCUGAUAGAUGGCUGUGCAGUAAUCUCCACACCCCUCUACAGGAAUUGCCCCUGUACGUCCUAUGGGUGCAGGUGACCUGGAUGAAUGGGUAUAUUAAUAGGAGCUGAGGCUCUGUGCAUACGGUUUAUAUGAACCGCUACGGUCUCCAGAUUAAGACUCUCUUAUAUUUUUUUAGCAGCUUUCCAGAAGACUUUAUACUUAUUUAUAUUCUCAGCCUCGUCUGCGGUAUAGCAAAGUUGUAGAAUACACCCAAUGCCAUGCCUGAACCCAAAGGAACGGGGAGUUGGCAGUGGUCUGUGGGUGUCUGAGGAAUAGUCCGUCCUGUGCGUGAAGUCUUUAUACUGUGGAAGGCACCAGAUGAUCCCCUGUCUGUUGUUAUAUAAGCUCAUUUUCUUACAGGAAAGUUAUCAGAAAUCAGUUUUUAAGCUCUUGUAUUAAAUGACCUGCUAUAUUUUCUUAUUGCGUUACAAGGAGGACUCCGGCAAUGAAUUUAGAUGAUGGAUAGGCGCUUGUUUUACUCAUGUGACUUUAUUUCGCCCUGCAAUAAUCACGAUUAUCAUUUCUCUCCUAGCCACAGAAUAUGCAAUAAAUAUUGGAUCAGUGCGGGUCUGACCGGCGAUUACU